GUAUGUGGGCACCUCAGAAGCCAUGGAUUGAGCUCAGCCUUGUGGCUUGGCAGGUCGAUCGGCUUCCACCCCGCGAUCCGGGCGCCGAAUCCUCGGCUCCGAGCCAUCCACCGUGUUUUAUCUCCGUGGCGCAUCUAACCUUAAUCCCAGAAAAGCAACACAACCACACAAGAUAGUCGGGUUAUCAUCAUCAAAGCUACGUCAUCCGUGUUAAGCCCGAGUGUCCGUCCGGAGACAGCACAAAGAAGGGGUAAACUCCAUGACAUGGCCGAAUCGCCGACGGCUGCCUGGGUACAAAGAACCGCAAGCACCAUGACAUAAAAGACUCGUACAGCUCAACGGGAAACCUGCACCCUCAGUCUCAAGCCGACACAAUCAUCUCUAAGCAUCUUUUCCCUUACCUACACCUUAACAUCCGUCGCAUACUCCAACGCAACCCCACACCGCAGCACACAAUGUCCAAGCCCCACGCCCCAAAGCCUCUACCCUACGCGCUCGAUGGCCGCGAAGUCGACCUCCUCCACUACAUCUACGCGCACCCGGACCUCCCCACCCUGCGCAACAACCCGACCGCCGUCCUGGCCGCGAUCGACGCCUACAGCCACACGCACAACCCGCUCAUGAACAUCGGCGCCCCCAAGGGCGCCUACAUCCGGGACCUGAUCGUCGCCCACAAGCCCCGGGUCAUGAUCGAACUCGGCGGGUACGUGGGAUACUCCGCGAUCCUGUUCGGGGCGACGCUCCGCGCCGCCGGUGGCACCCGAUACCUCAGUCUGGAGCAGAACCCGGAGAUGGCGGCGGUCGCGAACCAGCUGAUCGAUCUGGCGGGUCUGAAGGAUGUGGUGCGCGUGAUCGUGGGGUCGGCGGCAUCCAGCCUCCGAGAGUUGGUGGCGGAUGGGGAGGUGCAAGCGGUGGAGAUGGUGUUUCUGGAUCAUUGGCAGGAGCUGUACCUGCCGGAUUUGUGGUUGAUGGAGGAGUUGGGUUUGCUGGUGCCGGAGAAGUCGGUGGUGGUUGCGGAUAAUGUGGUGAUGCCGGGGGCACCGCAGUAUUUGGAGUGGGUUAGGGCUGGGUGUGCGGAGAAGAGG